AUGGUUGUUGACGGAAGUUUCCUUAAAGCAACAUAUAAUGGUACCAUAUUAACUGCUCGCACACAGGAUGGAGCUGGAAAAAUCCAUCCACUUGCAUAUGCAAUUAUAGAUUCAAAGAAUAAUAAAUCUUGGGAGUGGUUCUUCGUCCAUAUAAAGGGUACUUUUGGUGUUAGGGAAGGGAUGUGUAUAGUUUCAGAUAGAAAUGAAAGCAUCUUCAAUGCCACAAAAGUUUGGCAGAAUGUCAAGCGCACAUUCAAGAAACAUCACAAGCAAUUGAAGGAUAUCUUCUUCGCUUUAGCUAGAGCUUACAUGAUAGAGAAGUUUGACUACCAUAUGAUACAGAUGUGCAAAAUUGAUCCGAGGGUGCAGCCUUACUUGUUCGAAAUUGGCUACGAAAGGUGGUCUAGGGCAUACUCCAAAGUGAAAAGGUCAAUGGUAAUGACUUCCAAUAUUGCAGAGUCAAUUAAUGCAGCAAACAAAGAUGCUAGAGAGGUACCAGUAAUGGGAUUGCUAGAGUACAUGACAAAUUUGAUACAACAGUGGAACAAGAAAAACAGAAAAAAUGCAAUGGAGACAACUACAAAGUUUGGCGAAAAGUACGACAAACUCCUUCGGGAAAAUCUGAUUGCAUCGGAGAAAAUGACGAUAAAACGAAUCAAAUAUAAUAAUGCAUGUUGUGGAAAAUUUCAAAUGGAUGAACUUACAUGUCUGCAUGCUUGGGCGAUUUUGAAGAACCAGCAACUGAAACCUGGCCAGUAUUGCUCUUUUUACUACAAGAAGGAUAACCUCCUUAGAACUUAUGAAUUUUCCGUGAAUCCGAUGCCAGAUGAGAGUUUAUGGGUAAUCCCAACAGAGGUGCUGGAAGAUGUGGUCCUACCACCUAAAGGGAGAAGAAAUUCAGGAAGGCCAAGAAAAGAAAGACUCAAACCUGCUUUAGAGAAAGAGUCUAAACGGGUGUUUUCAUGUUCAGUGUGUGGACAAAGUGGCCACAAUAGAAAAAUAUUAUGA